AUGGCUCAGGAGCUGAUCUCAGAGAUCGACUACAUUCUUAUCAGCACUCGCUGGAGGAUCCUCCAGAACAGUAGAGUUUACUGGUGUGCCGAAUUCUGUGGCACUGACCAUAGACUGGAUGUGGCUACCUUAAGGGUCCACUUUAAAACUCCCCGUCACUCCAUGGUGUUUCACUUAGACAGACUGAAGAAGGAGGAGUGUGCCCGGAGGUCGCCACAGUUCACAGCACUCGAAAAUCCAGGCAGACUUGGAAUCGAUUCCCACAAUCCUCUGUCAAGAGGGGAGUGGCAAGUUAAGAGUAUUUCUGAACAGAAAUUACUAUUUGUUUCUGCUACUGCGACCUAUAGUCUUCGUUCGAUGCCUCUAUCAUCCUCGCUGCAGAAAGGAAAAGAGCCAGAAGUCGAAAUAAGAUUGAGCUCUGAAGGAAUCCAUCCCAGGAAUGAAGUGUGCUUCUUAUUCAGGGAAGGACGCUACGUCCGUGUGACCCGACAGACGUUGGCAAUUGAUCUUCUGACUUUGCCGACAAGGGUCGUUCACAAGGAGACGGCCCAGUUUCAAGAACAUGACAUUGUGAGGAAGGAGACAAAUGCUGAAAAAGAUCCCGAAGGAAUGGAAAGAGUAGAUAUUGAAUGGGACAUUAGUGAAGAUAUGAAAGAGGUUUAUGGUAACGUAAUGUCAACAGAACAGCUCGCCAAAUUAGAUUCACAACCAAACCCUUUUAACUUCAGUGAGAGAGUUAGCCAGACUGCUUGGACACCUUGCAAGACUGACCCUCCCCCAGGCAACACCUAUUCUGAUACCGCUAGCUUCAGGAAGAUCUACGAUGCUUAUGAAAAAGACCACACGUUAGUCCUGGCCAAACAAAGGGAGGUCGAGAGGGAGGAGAGAGAGGAAGAAAAGCAAAAAGAAAUAUCCAGAAAAUCGAUUAAUCCAAAAGUUAUGAGUCGGCUCACCAAUCCUAUCACCAUCCCCCUGCCCCCAGCACCCUCAAAGUGCACCUUAGGCGGGGUAGAGCUAGACUUUGACCCCAACACUGUCAAGAUGGUAGAAAGGAUCCUAAACCAAAAUACUCAUGACGAAAUCAAUCAAGAUUUCCGAUAUUGGGAAGACGCAAGCGAUGAGUACCGUCAGCUGGAAGGGUCUCUUUUGCCACUAUGGAAGUUCCACUGUAAUAAAUCCCGGUCUCAAGUGGUCUCGUCACUCUCAUGGAGUCCCGCCCACCAUGAUCUCUUUGUGGCUUCUUAUACACCAGACAAGCUCUGUGCUUUAGAGAAUGAAGGGAGAAUCUGCCUGUUCACCCUGAAGAACCCUGGUAUUCCCGAGAGAAUGCUGGUUACUCCCCAAGGCGUCACGUCAGUCCAAUUCCACCCUUCUCGUGAGAGCGUGGUAGUUGCGGGUCACUGCGACGGGACCGUGACGGUGUACGACGCCGCUGCGUCUCCCGGUCGGCUCUCCUCCUCCACGACCUCCGACACAGGGAAUUACAGCUGGUUGUACCAGCUAAUGCUGAGAACUGAUGAUGGCCUUGUGGCUGAUCCAUAUUUCUCUCCUGAGACUGUAGGUCUAAUGUACUUGGCAAUGGUGGCUCGGAUGAAGAUGACUUAUUUAUACGUGCCCAUGAAGAAACAAGUACUCCUACUUAGCAGCCACAUAAAUCAUGUCUGCUGCUUGGACACCGAACCAGGGCAAAAUCCAAGUUUCUAUUCGGUAUCCCAAGAUGGUCGAGUGUCCCAAUGGUUUGUUCACUCACCAUGGCUUAAAUGCACAGACAUUCUGGAUUUCCACACAACCAAGAGGCCCACCAGAAAAGCUUCCUCGAGUAAGGUCAGUCUUGAAGAUACAGGGGCGUUAUUCCAAGUAUGUACAUCCAAAACUAAGCACUCUGUCAUUCGCUAUCCCGCCCAUCUUGGACCCGUAACCGCCGUCACAUGGAACAACAUUCAUAAAAAAGUUUUCGCCAGCUGUUCUUUAGACUGGAAUGUCAAAAUGUGGCUGCAAUAUCACCUGUCCCCUAUUGUAACAUUAGACCUAGGAGGACCUGUUGUGGGGCUGGCAUGGUCCCCUUCCAGUAGCACAGUGAUAGUGGCUGUUACUGAGGAAGGACGGGUCUAUGUAUACGACCUUUUCCUUCGCAAGUGUCACCCUUUGUGCGUUCAAAACCUGGUCCAGAGACGUCGUUUCAGCUUAGCCUCCGUGGCCUUCAGUCCUUACCAGCCCGUUAUACUGGUGGGUGGAGAGAAGGGUUACCUCGUGGCAUUCAAGCUCUCGCCUAACCUCAGGAAGCUGCAUAAGGAUGCAAAAGACCCUCCACUUCCCAAUAUUCCUCCUGAUGCAGCAACACCCCCACCUCUUAUUCCUUAUCCCACCCUCUAG